UGUCGCGGGGUAUGCCGGCCUAUUAACCAUAGGUAGGCUGACGAUGAGUUAACUCUCUACUCGCUACACUCACAGCCCCACGAACAGUUGCACGGAAUCUUUUUUCACGGGCUUCGGAAAAUGUGUGCAGAAAGUUUCAUCGGAAUCAACUGUUUCGAUAGGAAGAUUGAAUAUGUUUGUACAGCUUGGGUAUAAAAUUACUAUACAGUAUACGUGUCUACUUCUGAUUUUGUUGGUUCCAACUUCGGCCAAUCAGUGCGUCCUACAGAACGGACAGUGUACAUACAACAUACUUUUGUCUCAACAGACAGGAGAGUGCUCAACAGGGGGAGUUAAUUUUAGUGACCAGCAGGAUGACAAUUCAAACCGACACGUCCGCGUAUUAGAAAACGACCUUGACGUGAUAAAGACAAAUCAUGAGGACAGAAUCCUCGAACUUGAAGCAUCCGUACAGAAACUCCUCCGGGAUGCGGUACCGGCUGGUCCCCGGAACCCCGGGGGAGAGGUCGGUACCUUCACCAAUAAUGUCGCAGUGGGGCCAGGUCCGAUCCAACAGGCUCCUAAUCGCACUGAAAACGGUCUACUGUCCCGGCUGAGUCGGGAAUUCUCGUCUCUUCGUGACGAACUUAAAGAAAAGACAUUGGCUCUCCUGGAGAAGGAGACAAGAUACAACGAGACCGUGAACGCCCUUAGGGAGGCCCAGGAGGACCUUCUUGAUACAGGAGAGGAACUUAUACUGGCCGAACACAAGGCGGCAACGUUACAGAGGGAAGGAUACAUCCUCAAAAACCAACUCAAGGACAAAUCGGCAAGGCUUGAGGCAGCCACCGAGAAACUCAAUGUUUCUGAAACAAAACGUAAAGCUAUGGAAAUUCAACUAUACGAACUUGUAAGGUCAGAAGCGAACCUCAAGGAAGAGAUGGGAUACUAUAUAUAUAAGUUAAAUAAAACAGAAAAAGCUUUAAAUGUUUUACAACAAAAUCACACGGAUCUUAAACAUAGGCACGCGCGGACCAAACGAAUGCUAAGAAAGACGGAGGAGGAGUUGAUGGAAUGCUAUGCAGCUAAGACGCAGACGUUUUGUGGUUUUGAGACCAAAGAAGUGUGUGGAUUCUCUCAAGAAAAUGAAACGGACGAUUUUAAUUGGGUAAGGGCGCGUGUCCAAACGCCGUCUAGUGCUACAGGUCCUACGGGAGACCACACAUGUGGGGUCAAAACGGGAGGACAUUUUAUGUACGUAGAGGCCUCCGGCAGACGACCCGGCCAAACCGCCUCUUUGUUAUCUGUAAAAUAUCGUGCCCUAACCAUGCAGUGUGUGGAGUUUUAUUAUCAUAUGUACGGCAGGACAAUGGGCACGCUCAACGUCUACACUAAGACGGAGUCUGCAGAAGACAAUCGAGCGGUUUGGAGAACGUUUGGUAACCAAGGUGAUACUUGGAUCCUAGCACGGUUGUCUAUCCCCGAACAACUCGCCCGCAUCGGUUAUCAGAUUGUGUUCGAGGGGAUAAUAGGACGUGGUUACCAGGGCGAUAUGGCCAUUGACGACAUCAAGGUGACUGACGGACAUUGUCCCACGGACAAUCGCGCCAUUCCGGUCCCAAUUCUGCCACCGGAUACAGAUGAGAUUCCACCUGCGAAUACAACCGAAUCGACAAUGACCAUGAGGCGAUUCCGAAGGUUAAGACGCAUAUUCCGCAGCAAGAGACGACGUAGAGUCACUCCUUCACCAGGAUCAAAGAAUCCUUUCGGCUGGGACGCGGCGACUACAUCGUCACCAUGACGAUGGUGAAUUAUAUAAUAUUCUGCUAAUAGUGCAAAGAAAUUCUGACCGAAGAGAUUAUUCUCGUACAUAGAAAGGCAGAUUACGCGUCUGUACGUCGGUUGGCAAAAGUCAGUUACUUAAGAACGUCUUUUAACGGUUUUAUUGACAGCCAGGAUGACACAAUCAACCCUGCAAAGUGAGACCAUUGAGUAUGCUGAAGAGUAAAGCAUGGGAGGGGCACUGAAGCAUGACGAACAAUUAAAACAUAGCGAUAGUUUGUAGCACGACGAACUUUUAAAAAAGGGAUCGGGGUAGCAUAAUGAACGAUUAGAACGUUGUCAGUGUACCAUGAAGAAUAUUUAUAACAUGGGAUGGGGCAGUGUACUGUGACGAAACAUAUGACGACUCAGUGUUUCAAGUUUCAAGUUUUAUUAUAUCCAAAUGCAAUACAGCGUAUAGGUACCAGUACAUUAAAUGAUCUAAAUGAUCAAAAUUCAUAUAUGUAAUGUACAUUGUAACAUGACGAUCAAUUAAAACAUGGAAUGAGUCGGUGAAGCAUGACGAACAGUAAAAACAUGGAAGUGACCAGGUCAUUGUAGUAUCGUGAAAAGUUAAACCUGCACAAAGUAGCGUGACGAAUAAUUGAAACGUGGCAGGAAUCAGUGUACCAUGACGAAAAGUGAAAAGAUAGAGUUUGAGUCAGUGUGGCAUGAUGAACAAUUAAACGUGUGAAGUAUCAGUGAACCAUGACGAAUUGUCAGUGUCGUCUUUAAUUGUAUGUACGCCAGUGCCAUGAUUGACACAACGUGUGCCCAAUGUGUUCGUUAUCAGUUUGACAACCAUUUGUCUUCCAGUGAAACUGAAAUAUUCAUACUUUUGUUGUGCCUUGUAAUACAUUUGGUGAAUCAGAUGUAGUCCUUUCAACAUAUUGCGAAGAGCAAUAAUAUAUAUUUUCCUGAACGUGCGUACGUACUCUUUAAAUAAUUCGUUGUUGUCGAAGGUUUUGAGAUGGUUGUGGAGUGUACACAACGAGAUAUUUGUUGACUAUAAGUCUCUUCAAAAACGACGUAGUUUGUAUAUAAUAUAUAUUGUCUAUUUGAGGUGUCUGAUAAAUUAUUUUAGUUGUAAUACGAAAACACUUCACUCGUUCAGAUUCCUCGCCUGUAUUUCCCAAGACAAUGACCGAUAGAGUAAGAAAUGUUAUUGCGAAGUGUCAGACAUCGUUCAAAUCAGGGAGGAUUCAUCAACACAUGGAUAGGACUUAAAGAAUGUUAUAAAUUCAAGCAGUGUUAAACAAUUUGAAUAUAAAUUAGAUGGAUUCUGAAAACAUCAACCAGAAAAUUAUUGUUUUAAAGGAAACUCGGAACUGUAAAUGAAAGAACAUUUGAGAGUGGUAUUUUUAUUUGAGAGCUGACUGUUAAAGGAUGUAUCUAUGUAAGUAGAUAUCGACCGAGAUGAACUUUACGUUAUAUAUACAAAGUAUAUCCUACCGUUAUACGUAUAAAUGUAUUUGUAUCAUACAAUAGCGCUAAAUAUUCGUGUAAAAACGAACCAAGAAAUGUGUUGGUUUUGUUAUUAAAGUAUGUGUAUUGUU